AUGCCAUAUUUUUCAACUGUAACCUUGAGGCUAAAGAAAAGCUCACAGAUCAGUAUCGCAAAUAAUCCUCUACUCGCAGGAAUAGAACUGGGUUGUAAUGUGUUCAUCGUACAUCAAGAUUCCAUCAUUAAUUUUAUGGAUCGAUUCAUCGAGUGCCACGAUGAAGCCACGUAUAGAAAUUCUGACAAAACUGUCAUAAUGCUCAUGGACGGGAUGCAAUCUAAUGAAAAGAAUCUUCUCGUCGAACUAUGUGAACAUUCCAAUCUUGUAGAAAUCAUGAAUCUACUUAUUUUGAAACCGACUGCAAAUAUGGAAUCGAUUGAUCUUUUAACACAUCGUUUCGUUGGAACUGUCGAAGAAUCAGUCGAAUUGAUUCUGCUAGACGUUUUUGAUGUCGAGAACAAAACAUUUCGUUAUGAACAAGUACUAUUCCUUGAUAAAAUCUCCAAUAUGCUGGGAAAAUCUGUUCGGUUAGCGACCGUUAAUUUUCCUCCUCUAGUUAUUUUGCGGAAAAGUGAGUCUGGUAAUCCAUUGGUGAGGGCCGGAAAUCAAAUUUAUGAAAUGAGUGGAAACGACGGACUGUUGGUUGUGGAAUUCUGCAGACGAUACAACUGCACGGUGGAAUUGAUAAUCGACGAUGCUAACAUGUGGGGUACAAUCGAGAAGAAUAAAACUGGAAAUGGAAUUCUCGGAAAUCUGGCAAAAAGACGGGCUGAUGUUGGAAUUGGUGGAAUGAAUCAAUGGUACAAACAAUUGGAAUUUCUUAGUUUCUCUAAGCCAACUCAAAGGGACAGUGUUACUUGUUUGGUGCCGAGGCCUAGGAAUGCUAGUCUAAGCACAGUUCCCCUUUUUGGACCAUCCAUCGAUACCAUAUACGACCUAGCCAAAAGUGGUUUUACAUUGUUGCAGACGCAUGAAGCAUGGCCCAUUAUAAAAAAACUAGUGUCUAAGUUCCAAGCUCAGCCACCUGCAGUACUCCGAAAGCUAGCUGACAAGGGUAACGUUGCAUUAAUAAUUGGUCGGAUGAAUAACGGCCAUCUUAUGAUCGGAGAUUGGGUCACCCGAGAAAACGUCCACAACUAUCAACUCAUGAAAGAUGAUUUGUACUAUGAUUACGAGGUUCCCAUGGCAACAAAAACAUGGCCUCUGAUGGAAAAAUUCAACAUGUUGAUAAUGAGAACAACGGAAGCCCUGAUUGGUCACUACCAAGAAUUGAACGCCAUUUACGAAUCUAGUGAUUACCAUGUUCAAACAACAGCCAUCAAUUCUCGUUUGCGGGAAUCCAAUGCAACAGACGCUCUUAAUUUAAGUGGUAUGUUCGGAGUAUUUGCAAUCCUAGGACUAGGACUUUUCGCUGCAACGGUUAUAUUUAUUAUGGAGAUAACGACGAUUCAGUCAUAA